UCUCUACAGCUGCUGGGAUUAUUCACUAGUUCACAGUGGAAAGUUUAUCCUGAACUGUUUGCCUGGCUUUGAGUCAUCAGUCCCAGGUUAUAAUGAAGCUUCUGGUCACUUAUUUCUUUUGGUUCGGCUUGAGUGUCAUUGCUGUUCAAGAGGGUAUCCAUGCAGAGGAAUGCAUCUUUCAGAAGCUGGAUGGGAGGGAUGCCGACUUUUGCAGAGGGGGGUUAGAAGUUUUGUAUCCAGAACUGGGAGAUGUUGGCUGUACAUAUAUUCCAAAGUGCAACCAGUACCGAAAGCAGAUCUCCAAGGAAUGGAGCAGUCCAGAUGUCAGAUACCAGAAGGCAGAUGGGAAUAAGCAGUACGUUCUGAUCGUGGUGGAUCCAGAUGCCCCUAGUCGAGCAAAUCCAAAAUACCGUUACUGGAGACACUGGCUUGUCACCAAUAUCAGA